GGCCACGCGUUUUUCGACAACUUUUCUCUCCCACGUACCGCAUUACAUUAUUGGUACAAGUCAUUGGACACCGGGCGUUGUAAAUGUUGAUGUAAUACGCGGCUUUUGUUCGUUUUGUUUCAGUCAUGUUUUCCUGCUGCUAACUUCAAAUCGCCUCCGAGAUUUUUCUAUUUUGUACAUACAUUGUUUUGUAUAUACUGUAUAUGAUGACUUCAGUGGUCAGCAAUCAAGCCCGGGGCACUCGGGACAGACCGCUGCCCACCACCACCACACAAACUACACAGCCACAGAAACAGAUACAGGCCACAGCAGAACAGAUUCGUCUUGCCCAAAUGAUCUAUGACAAAAAUGAUGCUGACUUUGAAGACAAGGUCAAACAGCUGAUUGAGGUAACUGGGAAGACUCAAGAUGAGUGCAUGGUAGCCCUCCAUGACUGCAACGAAGAUGUAAACAGAGCCAUCAAUUUUCUGCUGGAGAGCACCUCUGACACAAACUCCUGGGAGACUGUGGGCAAGAAACGGAGCCUUGGGAAAGAAGGAGGACCCUCAGAGAUAAAGGAGAGCAGAGAGAAGAAAGGAGGAGAGAGGGAUGCUAGUCGUGGACGUGGGGCAUCCAACAGGAGGGGCAGAGGCAUCAGCCGAGGGCGUGAAGGUCGGUUAGAGGAGAAUGGGUUUGAGGUGGCUCCUGGAGAGAGAGGGGGAGACCGUGGUCGCCGAGGGCGAGGCAGAGGGGCAGGGGGUCGCGGUAGAGGAAGAGCAGCUGCUGGCAACAGGUUCUCCUCCCAGGGAAUGGGCACCUUCAAUCCUGCUGACUACACAGCUAACUCUGGUGCUCGUCAGGAGACAUGGGACGGCAACGAACCUGCUGAGGGAACUGGAACAUGGGGAGGCAAUCUGGAAGACUGGACUGCAGAGGACUGGAAUGAGGACUUGUCUGAGACCAAAGUAUUCACUGCCUCUUCUGCUCCAGCAAACCACAUCACACCUGGACCCAAUGUGGACCUGGCUGGCCUACUGCCUAAGACUGGAGUGGCUGUAGGGGGUAUGGACUCUGACUUGGGGGCAAUAGUCGAUGGCCCCUCAGCCGAGGAUUUGGGCCAAAGCCUGGUGUUUACCAAUUCCCACCACAAUGGACGCACUGCAACACACAGCUACGCACACGCCACAGCCAACAGCUAUGCCCAUGCCGCCUCUGCUAGUACCACCUACGCACAUGCUGCACUGUCCUCUGUCCUGGGUUCUGGUUUUGGGCCCCUGAAUGCGCCUAAGCCAACACCUGCCUCCGACAUCAGGACACCAGAGCAGCUCAACGGGCCUCGGCUUGGUCAGAGAGCCAGUCAGCCUUUGGCCACCGCCAGCAACAUUAAUGUUGCCAAAGAUGCAGGGCCACCUCCAAUACAGAACCCUGCUCCUGCCUCCUCGCCCUCUGUAGAAGUCAAGACUCAGAGAAUGGAGAACGGCCCUGUUACUGCCCAACACUUGGAGAUGAAACUUCAACCAGAGCCGUCAGCGGUGCUCAGCCAACUGGCUCAGAGGCAACAACAAUCCUCCAUCCUUCCCACCACAGAGCCUCUGGGUCUUUCGCAUGCUCCACAGGUCCCCACACCGCCAGGUCAUGAGUCCUCCGUCCCUCCUGUGAGAGAUGGAGCUUCUCCAGGAGUUAAGUUGCCAGGCAUGGAGCCCUCCGUCACAGAACCCCCGCAGCGGCAGCUAAAGACACAGAGACGCAGAGUACCUCCCCCCUCAAAGAUCCCGUCAUCAGCAGUGGAGAUGCCGGGCUCAGCAGAUAUACCUGGCUUGAACGUCCAGUUUGGAGCUCUUGACUUUGGGUCUGAGGCUGGUAGUGGAGCAGUAGACAUGGCACAGACGGAGUCGGCCAGGGAGCAAGCCCCGGCUCAGGUCCCAGCUCCAGCAGCUCCUGUACCCAUGCCUGUCCCCACUGCUGUUUCCACACAGCAGCCACAGAGCAGCCUGUUCUCCAAGCCAGGAUCUGUGAGUGAACACAUGAGCAGCAUACCCACCUUACCUUCAGCCGUAUCAGAUCCCAGCUUCCCUUCACCAUCCUUGGGCUUGCCUAGUGCCACGCCCUCCCCUUCCAUGGGUCUUCCCAGUGCAGCCGCUCCACCCUCUUCUACAGCCCCUACUGCAGCCAACCGUGUGGAGAGCAGUGGUCCAAGGUCCCUGCCACCUCAUCUGGGCUUCUCACAGAGCAAAGAUGUCCCCUCGGCUGCUGCUCUUACAAAUGGCUACAAUGGCAUGAAGACGCAGAGCACACAGGACACUACGUCAUCAUCGUCUAGAACAGUGAAAACUGAGUCCCCCGUUAUGACGAGUGACAGUGGCCACCACAUCCCCUCCCCUGCAGUUACACCUUCCCACUCAACAUCCAUCCCCUCGCUCAGCAGUCAUGUGACCAGCACCCAAUCUGGAUCGGUCCUCGCCACAAGCUCCUCCCUUACUGUCAGUAAUGAGGAGGGCAGCAGCAGCGGUAACCUCCACGCUUUUUCAUCAUCAUCGUCGUCCAGCCAAGCUGUCAAUUCCAGUCCUUCAGCUCCCCUGGCUGUCAGCAGUUCAACCACCAACGGACUACAUCCGUCUGGAGCGCCGGGACUGACUCCCAAUGGCACAAAUCCUGCACUCUCAGCUGCAGGCAGCCGCACAGCACCCUUGCUCACCACUAGCUCUGGUAAAGCUCCUCCCAACUUGGCCCAAGGAGUGCCACCUCUCCUGGCCAACCAGUACAUUAUGGGCCCUGGUGGCUUACUCCCUGCUUACCCGCAGAUCUAUGGAUACGAGGACUUGCAAAUGUUGCAGUCUCGCCUUCCUAUGGACUAUUACGGUGUAACAUUCCCUGGUACUACGGCUACUAUGCCUGGAAGAGAUAACCUGGCCAAUAAUUUAUAUUCUGGUGAGGCAACAAAGUUCGGCAGGAAUGAUUCGUCAUCUCCAGCUCCCCCAACCAGCCUGUCUACAGCCGGGGUUCAGUCACAGCCUCAGCAGGCUCCACAAGCAGGAUCACAGGGCCAGGGGCAGGGUCAGGGCCAGGGUCAGCAAACACAGAACCAGGCCUUCCUCAAUCCCCCUCUGCCCCCCGGCUACGGAUACACUGGUCUGCCGUACUAUGCUGGUGUGCCGGGGGUUCCCUCAGCCUUUCAGUACGGCCCCACCGUCUUUGUGCCUCCCGCUUCGGCCAAGCAACCUGCAAUGGGCCUGGCCAACCCCUCCAAUCAGUAUCACCAACAGCAUCAGCCCAGUUACGGACAGCAUGCAUACGGCACAGCCUUUGAUGACCUGUCUCAAGCCCACGGUGGGGAGUACAGUAAGGGAGGGUACGGAGGCUCUGCCCAGUCACAGGCCAAGUCAGCGGGCAGCGGCCCAGGGAAAGAUGAUUCAACAGUCAAGAGUGUUCUGGAGGAAGCACCAGGACUGUCAGGGUCAGGUACCAGUGGAGGCGUGCCUGACAUGGGAGGUUCAAUCUACAGCAAAACUCAGGUGAGUGAUUUGCAGUUCUGUUGAAUGUCUUUAGGUCCA